ACCCCGCGCAGGGACCCUCCUCCGCUCUCGCACCGGGACCCGGCCCGGCAGCGCCGCCCCCCAGCUCCCCACCGGCGGGGUCCCGGCGGCCCCCGGGCGGAGCGGAGGCAGGUGGGUAACAACGGGAGGGGUCCCCGUGUGCCCCCGCUGUGCUGCCAGAGGAGGGCAAGCCAAGAGGGAGCUCCCAUCACUCCUUUGUAGCAGCGUGGUGAAGCCCAGGACACGGCUGCGAGCGCCCAAACUGUGACGGGGCGCUGGGGUCCUGCUGCCUGCCUGUCCCCAUCCCCGUCCGACCGUCAGCGCCGCCGCCGCCCCCUUCGUCCCCCGCCAAUGCCGGCGGGUGGAGGCUGCUCCCUCGAUCGCUGCGCUGGCACCGCAAGCGUGGGGCCGAGCUGCGGGACCCGCUUCUCCUCGCGGGACGGCGGCGAUGGGGGCUGCGCUCUCCACCGGGGCGAUCGUGGCCAUUUCUUUUAACUGCGUUAUCGCUUUGCUCAUCCUCAUCCUCUUCCUCAUCCUCUGCAAAGCCUGCAGGACCCCCUCGUGCCCCAAGAACAAUCCGGGUGCUGAAGUGGAUGAGGCAAAGAAUGAAGAGAAGUACCUGCUGCAGCGCUGAGCUGCUCGGGGACCCAGGUACCCGUCUGUGCCGAAGGAGUUGUUGUGCCAGUGUGGAUGCCUGCUCUGGGACUGGGGAUCUGGACUGGGUACGGUGAGAGCAGAAGGGAUACGGAGCUGCUGGCUGGCGCUGUGACGCAGGGCACAGCCCUUUCUUUGCCUGUGUGGUUUUGGUGUGUGAAGUCCCUGCAGAUGCCCACAGUGACCAUGGGGAUGGAGAAACAGAGGCUGGAAUGUGCUACGGAGUCAAUCCUGCCUGUCCCAGUGGCGACUGAGCACCGCAGGAGCCCUGCCCUAGAGCACACCCCCUGUUUGGGGAUAGCCCAUGGGCUUCUCCCUGUGCUCGUGGCCUGGGACACUGGCUAUGGUAUCACAGACCUGAAUGGGGCUUGGAGAGGGGAGGCAGCGGGGCUGGCAUCGCCUGUCCCCCCGCUGUCCCAUAGUGGGGUGUGCCUGGGGGAAUCACUGCAGCCCCAGCCUGGCUGGCAGAGCAGGGUGUUAGUCUGGGUGUCUUUGGGGAUGGCCUUGGGGUGCCAAGUGCCCCCAGAAUCAUGAAGGCAUUUGGCAUCUAUCUGCCCCAGCAGCCAGUUUAAUGAGCCACAAGAGAGUCUGCAUGGUCUGUCCAUUCAUCCCUGGUCUAUCAAUCCCCUCCAGCAUUAGCACCAACGCUGCUAGGCAAACAGCCCUCCUCCUUGCUCCCUGCCUGUCCCUGCCUUCCCUCCUGCCUGCUCCCAGCCAUGGCCAGUGGGGUUUGACCUGUCUGUGGGCAGCAGAUGUGCCUUUGUUGGCAUCCCCACCCCUGCUGCAAGCAGCUUGGGAUGGGGUUUUGCUGGGAAAGGUGGGAGUCAGUGGGGAGAUGACAGUGCCCGGAUGAAUGGCAUUGGAGGGUCUUCCAGCCCCAUCGCUCCCUAGAGACCACAGUGGCUCUGUGGGAAGGGAUGCUGGUGGUCUGGUUUGUCCCUAAACUUGGCAGCUGCAUUCUUCUGCCCUGCCUAGAGUUUUUUGGAGGGCUCUAUCCUGCCCAUCCUAGAGCUGAGCAAUACCCGAGCCCCCCUGGCACAGCCUCUACAAUAUGGGGAUAGAAACACGGGCUGUGCUGGGAGGGACACUGGCCAGGCCUGGCAGAGCCUGCAGUUCCUCCCCAUAUCAGGUGUAGCUAACACUUCCCAUUGCAGCGUUGUUUUUACUAGACUAAUAAACUGAUUGUAGGACUCAG